GAGCCGGGCCGGACGCGGAGCGGGGGCUGCCGGGGCAGCGCAGGCACGGCCGGGCCGGGCCGGGCGCUCCGCCGGGGCCAUCAACAGGAAACCCUGCGCGGGCCGGGCCGAGGCGGCGCCAGGCGCGGCCGCCUCCCCCUGUCUGUCCGUCCGUCCGUCCCUCCCCCGGCCCGGCCCUCCCGCGCAGCCCGGGGGCCGCUCGGCUCCGCUCGGCCCGGCCGCGGCGGGCGAAGCGCGGCGCGUCCGACCCGGCGCCCGGCAAGGCACCGAGGAUGAAACUGCUGUGGAGAGCGAAAAUGACCACAUUUCAGGACGGGGGUGAAGAGGUAGAAGACGGAGCCGUCUACAAUGUCACCCUUAAAAAGGUGCAGAUUCAGCAGGCUGCCAACAAAGGAGCAAGGUGGCUGGGGGGUGAAGGAGACCAGUUACCCCCAGAGCACACUGUCAGGCAGUAUGAAACAUCCAAGAUCAGGGCUAUAAAAGCUGGAACUUUGGAGAAACUGGUGGAGAACCUUCUCACAGCUUUUGGAGAUGCAGAUUUUUCCUACAUCAGCAUCUUCCUUGCAACAUAUAGGGCCUUUGCUUCUCCCAGGGCAGUGCUGGAGCUUCUUCUGGACAGGUUUGGAAACCUGGAGACCUCAAGUCAAGGAGAAGUGGCAAACCUGAAUUCCUUGGAAUCUGAGAUGGUACUCAGGGCUGAAAUAGCAUCAGUCUUACGGGCCUGGCUCGAUCAGUGCUCGGAGGAUUUCAGGGAGCCCCCUGACUACAUGUGCUUGCUCAAGUUGCUGGAUUACCUGAAGAACAAUAUGCCCAAUUCUGACAUGGAGAGUAGGGUGCAGAACCUCUUGAAGCAGUUUCAGAACCAAGAAGUAGAAGCUGUUGAUGGGUUCUGCAGCACUUCCUCCAGUGACCUGGUUGAUGGAGAAGAGCUGGAGAUCAGCAGUCCAGAAGAAUUCUCCUCUUUUCAAGACCACGUUGUGGCAGAACAGUUGACAUACAUGGAUGUGAUGCUCUUCAGAAGAGUUGUGCCCUACCACUGUUUGGGAUCCAUCUGGUCUCAAAGGGAUAAGAAGGAAAACAAGAACCUGGCUCCCACUGUCAGAGCCACCAUCACCCAGUUCAAUGCAGUCACCAAAUGUGUCAUCAGCACUAUCCUGGGGACCAGGGAGCUCAAAAUCCAGCAGAGGGCCAAGAUCAUUGAGAAGUGGAUUCAUAUUGCACAUGAAUGCAGGAUCCUGAAGAACUUCUCCUCCUUGAGGGCCAUCAUUUCAGCUCUGCAGUCCAACUCCAUUUAUAGACUGAAGACCACCUGGAUGUGUGUUUCCAAGGACAUCCUGCUGAUGUAUGAAGAGUUGUCAGAGAUCUUCUCAGACCAUGACAAUUAUCUGACAAGUAGGGAGCUUCUGAUGAAGGAAGCAACAUCCAAAUUUGCAAAUCUGGACAGCAGUGAGAAAGAAAAUCAGAAAAAGUCACAGAAACGACUGCAACUUCAAAAAAACAAGGGAGUGAUGCAAGGCACGGUCCCUUACCUUGGCACCUUCCUGACUGAUCUCAUCAUGCUUGACACAGCCCUUCAGGACUAUGUUGAGGGUGGCCUGAUCAAUUUUGAGAAGAGACGAAGGGAAUUUGAAGUCAUUGCUCAGAUCAAGCUCCUGCAAUCUUCAUGCAACAGCUAUUGCCUGACACCAGACCAAAAAUUCAUCCAGUGGUUCAGGAGGCAGCGACACUUAACAGAGGAGGAGAGUUACAAACUCUCCCGUGAGGCUGAAGCAGCUGCUGAUACCAACAUCCUGUCUCCCAGAUCCCAGAAAAGCAUGGUGAAGAGGAUCAGCACACUUUUUCUGGGCACUGAUGUGUUCACGCCACCCAAAGAACAACCCCUGAAGAGCUCUCCUGCAGGAGGGAGCUCUGGGGAGAGCACGGAUUCAGCCAGUGUUUCAUCGUGUGAGUUUAACCACUCUGAAACUGAGGAUGUGUGUGUCACUCCUGUCUCCAGUCCGGAGGACCCUCUGAAAAAGAUCUCUGCCUACUCCAUAUCCUCCUGUUCUCCUGACUCUUCCAUGAGCACGCCUUCCUCAGGGGUGUCAUCCUUACCCUCGUUCCUGCUGGCCUCCAAUGAUGACAAGAGCUCCGUGGGCUCCGACAAGGGCUAUGACUCUGACAAGGGCUCCAUCAGCUCUGACAAGGGCUCAGGCUGCAGCAAGGGCUCCGUGUGUGACGCUGGCUCAGGCCUGGACAGUGGCUCCGUGCCCUGCAGGGACUCAGGCUCGGUGCUGGGCAGUGCCCCCAGAGCGCUGCCUGUGUACAACCGGCAGAGCGACGGCUCCUGCAUCAUCCGCGUCAGCAUGGACGGGCUCCAGGACAGCAUCUACAAGAGCAUCCUGAUAACCAACCAAGACAGAAUCCCUGAUGUCACCCAGCGAGCCUUGCUGAAGCACAACCUGGAGCCUGAUGCAGUUGAAGAUUAUGAGCUCGUGCAGGUCAUCUCUGAAGACAAAGAGCUGGUGUUCCCCCGUGAUGCCAACGUGUUCUACGGCAUGAACAGCCACGUCAACUUUGACUUCAUCCUGAGGAAGAGAGCAGAGCUGCUGGGCUGAGGCUGCACCUGCACUGCCCUCCCGGGUCACAGGGAAUCUGUCAGAGUCCCCUGCUGAAAAUGUGCAAUUGGAGCAAUGGGCAGCCCUGGUGCAAAGGCUGCUGCAUUUGUCUUGAGGACACGCCAUGAGCCAUCUCUGUGAGAAAAGGGUCUCCUUCAUGCCAGUAUUAUACAGAAAAAGAUCAUCUGAACUUAUUUUUAUAGAACUGAAGCAAGUUCUGAGUGUGUCUGCCUGAACCAGCUGAGAAUUUUUUGCACUUGUUCUAUACCAGAGAAUGACCCAUUUUGGAUCUUGUUUCCAAAGAACUGUAAAAUGAAUGAACUGCACUUGCCUUUGCAUGAACGUCAUGAAUGGGACGAACACUACUUGGUGUUGGAUGGAGGUCUGAAUGUCACAACACAGUGGUUUCUCUUGGACUUGGUUAAGCCAUGGACCAGAACCUGAUGCCUUCUGUGUGCACUCCCAUGUGAUGGAAGGAUGUCCUCCCAAUGUGCAAUCCUCUGCUGGAACUGAAAUCUGAACCUCUUCAAAAGCCAUAAGUAAGACAUUGGAUUGUAAGCAGCCCUGGUUUGAGACACAUGAAAUACACAGAGUAUUUCUGGUUCUGCUGGUAGCACUGUGCAUCCCUGCACAGAUCUAGGAGCUAUUAUCCAAACAAACAGCUUAGGAUUCUUAAGGAUCAUUAGUUAAAACAGAGUUUUAUCCAUGCCUGGGCCUUUUACCCCCAGUUCUGUGGCACUAAUUUGCAGCACUGGGCUCAGGUAAGUUUUACACCACAUUUGGAUUUACCACUUUUGUUUACAGGUAGGUAAAACAGACCAACUGUAGGUCUGCUCUACAUCCAAGAAUCCUAUGGCAGGUCCCACAAGCCUGGUGUAGGUCACAGCCUGAACAAUUAAUGAAUUCCAGUUGUUUGUUAUAGGGUGACACAGGGGGGGUUGUUACUGAGCCUUAACCUUUGCCCAGAGUUAGGGCAAACUAGAAGUUCAGUUUUCUCUUUUUCUCUGCAUUUGGGGUCUGUACAGUGCAGUUCCUUGUGUACAUAGCAUAGCUCCUACUGUAUAUAGUACUGCUCACUCAGAGGGUGUAUGGCAGUGUUAAGCUGAAACAUAAAUGUUCUGGAUUUUAAAAUUACACUUUGCAAAUGUUUAUAUAUGUUCUGUUUUUAACUGCUUACCUGUAAUCUUUAUAUGAUAAGUAUAUAAAUUGUUUUUCAUUAAUAUUUGCCUGGAAUGAGUCAAUUUCCUAUUAUUAGUGUAUGUCAGAUGUGUAAAAACACCCCACAGCACUUCCCUUGCUGUUACUUUUUUCAGUCUCUCCAAAGGACCAAAGCCCUUCCAGCCCAUC